GGGAUCUAUUCCACUGGAAACGAUGCUGCGCCCGACGUGGGAAGACGAGGUCCAGGCCGCGCUGGAUGGCCUCGAUGUUGCCGCCCUCGAGGCCUCGACAGCGGAGCCGCCGCUAUCGCCUCGGUCAGAACAGAAGCGCAAGCAGCGCGAGGCCUUCCAUCGCCACAGCCAGCGCACGCGCACCGAGCUUGCGUUCUUGAACGACAAGGUGUCGGAGCUCAAAGAGAAGCUUGAGCUGCUACACGCGAAGCGCGCCGCGGUGGCCGAAGAGCCUGCCAAGUGGGAGCUCCUCGCCAAAGCGGAGCGCAAGCGGCGCCAAGACGCCAUGGACCAGAACGACGAGCUCCGCGCGUCGCUGAACCAGCAAGUGGACUUUGCGCACUCGCUCGUGCAGAUCGUGUCCAAGCGACCGCGGUCACUGUACCCGAGCUCGUACACAACCACGGAGCGCACGUUAAGGCUACCGAUGGAGCCGCGCGCGCGCAUGGCGGCGUACCACGCGAUCACCGACAGCGAGAUCGCCAAGCUGGACGCUGCGUACGCACUGGCCGGCUUGACCAACCCGACGAGCGAGUUCCAGAAAAACGAAGCGCGUUUCGAAGGCGAUGCGCUCAUCGUUGACACGAUCGCGCUCGUGUACUUGGACUGCGCGUUUGACGUGGCCGUGCAGGCGGGCUGGGACGUCAUCCGCGGCGCGUCGCGCUUGAAGCCUGUGCUCGGCGAGUACGUGCAUUUGGCCGACAUUGACGCCGACGUGUCGUACUUUUCAUCGCUGCACCGACCGAUCAAGGCCCAGCGCCGGCUCUUGGUGAAGCGGUAUCACCGCCCGCACUGCGUCUCGUACGUAGCGCGGAGCAUCGCGAUUGACGACGUGUUCCCGCUCGACCCCGAGCUCGCGGUCAUGGACGAGGUCGCGUGGGCGCAGCUUAUCGAGGACCCUGCGACGGGCGCCGUCACGCUCAAGUACUGUCAGAAAGUGCACCCGCCCCUCUCGUCGUUCAAAGAUGCCGAGGGUCCGGUGACGAUGCAUCUCAUGCUGCUCUUCCAAAAGAUCACCAAAAGCUACGAGCGCGCGAUUCGCGACCAGAUCGCAGGCAUCAUACUCGCGUCGUCCGCGCCGCCGUCCGGGUGAUGCUGGCCCUACCGUACCACCUUCUAACACUCUAUGAAGCCCAUUCACAGUCUGUCUCGUUGGCAUCCACG